CCCUCCCGGAGCCCCAAAACUCAGGAAGGAUGGAGAAAAGCUCCUAGUGGAUUCUUUUUUCUUUUUUUUUUUCCUUUCUCACAACAAAGUGUGUUGGUGAGCUAUAAGACACCAUUUGAGAUAAAAAGGGUUAGAGAGAAAACAAACAUGCCUUUUGGGUUAGCAGGUUUGAGAGAACAGGUGCUGAAGCCUGGGAAGGAGGAAGUGAAGAACACCGUUGGGGACUCUAUGGGAAAACUGCAAAGGAAAAUAGAUGGUAGCAAUGUAGAAGCCGAGGACAACAUUGAACUGACGGAGGAUGGGCGUCCGGUGGCGUCAACUCAACACGCUCCCCCGCUGCUGGACUGCAGCUGUGGAGGACUACCCAAACGCUACAUCAUCGCCAUCCUCAGCGGGCUGGGCUUCUGCAUCUCCUUCGGCAUCCGCUGCAACCUCGGCGUGGCCAUCGUGGAGAUGGUGAACAACAACACAGUGUACAUCAAUGGAACUCCUGUGCUUCAGAAAGCUCAGUUUAACUGGGACCCAGAGACAGUGGGGCUGAUCCACGGCUCCUUUUUCUGGGGAUACAUUGUCACUCAAAUCCCCGGCGGUUUCAUCUCCAACAAGCUGUCAGCCAACAGGGUAUUUGGGGCGGCCAUUUUCCUGACAUCAGUGCUCAACAUGUUCAUUCCUUCAGCAGCCAGGGUGCACUACGGCUGCGUCAUGUUUGUCCGCAUCCUGCAGGGCCUUGUGGAGGGUGUCACCUACCCAGCAUGCCAUGGGAUGUGGUCCAAAUGGGCGCCACCGCUUGAACGGAGUCGACUGGCCACGACAUCUUUCUGUGGUUCAUACGCAGGAGCAGUGAUCGCCAUGCCGUUAGCUGGAGUGCUUGUUCAGUAUGUUGGAUGGUCUUCAGUCUUCUACAUCUAUGGUGUUUUCGGGAUCUUUUGGUACAUCCUGUGGCUCCUGCUGGCGUAUGGAAGUCCUGCUGCACAUCCCACCAUCACUCAGGAGGAGAGGACGUACAUUGAGACCACCAUUGGUGAAACAAUGCGCCAGUUGAGUGUGACCGAGAAAUUCAAGACUCCAUGGCGUCGUUUCUUCACCUCCAUGCCCGUCUAUGCAAUCAUUGUGGCCAACUUCUGCCGCAGCUGGACCUUCUACCUGCUCCUCAUCAGCCAGCCGGCAUACUUUGAGGAAGUGUUUGGCUUUCCUAUCAGCAAGGUGGGGCUCCUGUCUGCUGUACCCCACAUGGUGAUGACUAUUGUGGUUCCUAUCGGAGGACAGCUGGCCGACUUCUUACGCACCAACAAAAUCAUGUCCACUACAAAUGUGAGGAAACUUAUGAACUGCGGAGGGUUUGGGAUGGAGGCAACCCUGCUGCUGGUGGUUGGGUUUUCUCACACUCGGGGCGUGGCCAUCUCCUUCCUGGUUCUGGCUGUAGGAUUCAGUGGAUUCGCCAUUUCAGGUUUCAAUGUCAAUCAUCUGGAUAUCGCUCCUCGUUACGCCAGCAUCCUGAUGGGAAUCUCAAACGGAGUGGGAACGCUCUCUGGGAUGGUGUGUCCGUUGAUUGUUGGAGCCCUGACUAAAAACAAGACGCGUCUAGAGUGGCAGCACGUCUUUAUCAUUGCGUCCAUGGUGCAUUACACGGGGGUCAUCUUCUACGCCAUCUUUGCCUCUGGAGAGCAGCAGGAGUGGGCCGAUCCCGAGAGCACCAGCGAGGAUAAACGCGGCAUCAUCGAUGAGGACGAGCUGGCUGAAGAGUCAGAGCUGAACACUGACAACGUGAUCGCUCCCAAGAGGAGCUAUGGAACCACAGACAAUUCAUCCGGGCGCAAACAAGGCUGGACAAAGAAACGAGGGGCCACCGUGCAGCAGCAGGAGGAGGAGGAGGAGGGGGAACAUUUCAGGAACGGGGACUUCCAGGACGGAUACCAGUGAGAUGCCUUCAGGGCCAAGAGGACUUUUAAAAACCUUAAAGUUCAGUGAAGGCUAAUGGUUUAUUUCAUGUCAAAAACAGACAGAGAUGCUGUACCUCAUAAUGGCUCUAUUACAUUUUUAUAACACAUAGAGAACAAACCAUGUGACAUAUUUUUGUAGACCCUGAAGUAUCAUCUCCACAGGGUCUAACCAGAAUCCUCCUCUGGGAUGUUUUCAUUGGAUUUUGGAUCAUUGCAGAAAAUAAUCUCUGUGUUAAACACACGUUUCUGAAGCGUAGGCGUUUUGUUCAGCAGGAUAAUCUUCACAGAUGAACGCCAUUUUUAUGAUGUUUGAAGCGUUAAUGCGGCCGACAGAAGUAAAAAGCUAACGUCAUGCUACAAGCUAGCUACACCACGGUGGGAUGAUUGUGACGUCACUAGCGUUAUGCUUCAGACGAUCUCCGAUAAACUAAUCCACGUAGCUUAAUAAAUAGUUUACUAACAUAAUAUUCACCUUAACCUAAAGAUUAAACCUACAGGAGACAUCUCAGACUAGUGAGAGAGUUCCCGCCCUCUGUGUCCGGCGUGAUGACGUUUAAUGUCCCCGACGACCGCUGUAGUCACAUUUAGCCGCUUGUUAGCAACCGCCUUUUUAAAGACGAGUAAAAACUUCAAACUUCACAAGUGGAGGUAUUACCUAACGUAGUUUAUGUGGUCUAACAAAACACCAACAUCUCUUCAGCUUGUGUUAACCACAGACCUUAUUUCAGGAGUCUAACCACAAACACAUUCAACAUCCCCGUUGACUUUUAGACGUUAGACCCCAUGGCGCUCAAAUGCUAACUCACUUCCUGGUUUUAGGACUCAUUCCUGUGGUGCUCUAUACUCCAGUAUAUGUGUGAUGUACAGUCAGCGAGAAAUCAAAGAGGAAACACAACAUUUAAAAGUCAAA